AUGAAGGCUUUCACGACUCUCGCAACCACCCUCGUUCUGCUUGCCACCGAGGCUGCAGCACGAAGGUUUACUGUUUACAAUAACUGCCCCUUCACCAUCUGGCCUGCUAUCUACACCGACCCCAACAGGGGUCCCGUUCGUCCACAGCACCCUACCGGAUGGGAGGCGAGGCCUUUCACCAGGGUUCAAUUCAACGUCGAUGACGGCUGGAAGGCUGGCCGCAUCUGGGCCAGGCGUAACUGCGACUUCUCCAGGCCUGGGGCAAGCUCGUGUAUCUCUGGUGGUUGCAAUGGAGGAAUGCAAUGUACCCACCCCGGUGUUCCACCUGUCUCGUUGGCCGAGUUUACUUUGAACGGUGACGGCAACCAGGACUUCUACGACGUGUCACUCGUUGACGGAGCUAAUCUUCCCGUCCGCAUUUCGGUUGACAAUGCAAACUGCCCCCGAGGUGAAUGUGGUGUUGACCUCGGCCCCAACUGCCCUGCUCCCCUCAGAGGACCGUUCGACUCAUCCGGCUUCCCGCUUGGGUGCAAAUCAGCGUGCAUUGCCAAUUUGGAUGGCAACCCAGCGAAUUCUAGGAACUGCUGCAGCGGACAAUUCAAUACCCCUGCAACAUGUCCCGCUUCCGGCGUCCAAUUUUACAGUUACUUCAAGAAUAAUUGUCCUAGGGCCUAUGCUUACGCCUACGACGAACCAAGCGGCGCCCUUCUCACCUGCCCCGGCUCCGCAAGGGCUGACUACACUGUCACUUUCUGUCCUUGA